GUGGAGAUCCAUCCUGUGACAGGAGUCGUGAUCGAGAAACUGGCGUGGGCCUAUGCUAUUAAUGCAAAUUCUGCUACAGUCUUUGUGAGGCAUCUGCUCACAGCAGUAUUCCCAACAGAGACACUGCUGAAGUCAAAGGCUCUCACAAGGAAAGACCCUGCAAAGGAAUUCCUUGCAAUGUACAGUCAUUCACCACUUUCAGUCACUGACUGUGACCAAAGUCCAAAAAAGACUGUGGUUGAACUUAAGCGAGAGAUCCAAGACCUGAAAGAAGAGAAUGCCAAACUGAGGGAGUUGCUUGUAGAAGAUGUGCCCGAACUCAUGAAGACUAUGAAAAAUGUGAUUGAUUUAGCUGAGCCUCUUAAGAGAUCAAGUUUUGAGCUCCCCCAGAGUUCUACACAGUCCAGGCCGGGUUCAUCAUCUGAUGAUUCACAGAUGCCCAUUCCCAAAUCUGUUCCAUCUGUCUCAUCAGAGUCUGUCACUCCAUCUACAAUAGAGUCCCAGUCGUCAAAGGUGGAGAUCCAUCCUGGGACAGGAGUCAUGAUCGCGAAACUUGCGUGGGCCUAUGCUAUUAAUGCAAAUUCUGCUACAGUCUUUGUGAGGCAUCUGCUCACAGCAGUAUUCCCAACAGAGACACUGCUGAUUAUUAAAUUGUACUUUAACCCCUCCGCUCCUUAUUUCUUCACAUGUUUAGGUGCAACUCUUGAGAGGUGGCCUGGGACCAAACCCUCCAGCAUUGGUGUCGCAAUCAAUGGCAAGAUCACAGAACUCCGAGCCAAA